GAGUCUGUAAUUCACGCUGCCCACUGCAGACCACAUGAGUCCAUAGGCACACACUUCCCACCACACUCUGACAAGGACAGGCGUUUCAGAUAAAGAGAGGAUAAAACGAGGAAGCAUAGCGAGACAGUUGGCUUUAACAGAAGCCAAGUGAGGGCAAAGACGAGAAGAAGUUUCCCUGGGUGUAGUGUGUUCAGGCUCUUGACCAACUGAGACAGUGCUGGUGGGAGUCCAGGCAGUAGCUGACAGGUCUGUGCCCGGCUUACUCUGGACAAAAAGAAAGCAAGAAAUUCAGACAAACAGAGAUAAAAAGAGAGAAACCGGACAAGUAAGAGGAAUCGGAAACCCUCCCACCUUUGCACCCGACAGCAACCAUGCUCUUGCUGGACGAAUCGGACUCCCUAACAGAUCAGGGCCAGAGUGCUUCCUUUAGCUCUGAGAAUGAGGCUCAAGGCGGUGACUCUUCAGGAUGGCCCUGUGCGCUCCCCUCUACUGCUCCCUCAGGCGAGACCCCGGGCCGACCGCCCGCUCACCCCCUGUCCCGCCCGGACAACCGCAGUCCCGCUCUGGCCCUCAGCGCCACCAAGAAGAGGACCUCAAAACCUGCUUACAUGAGGAGGAACAUCAGGAAACUAUUGAAAGAGCACCAGUUGGAUGCAGUUACCAAAGUGGCCCAACUGGAGGAGUUGGAGAGACGCAAGCGUCUGGAGCAUCAGAAGAAAGACUUCACUGUAGCCCCUCAGCCUGAGUACACACUCACAGCAGCUAAUGUGUGUGUGAGUGCAGCACAGCGUGAGGCCAAGCACAGCACAGUGUGUGUGGAGACCAGCAGUGCCACAGAAAGCACUAAAGCAACAGCUGCCCCUAAAAGAGACCAAAGCUCAGGUGAAAACGCCGCCUCAUACAUCAUUAGUGAAGCGACCAAUGAGGAUGCGGAGUCAGCUGCCACUGGGGAAAGCAGUGGAGCACACGUUAAUGAUGCUCUCAACCAACCAGAUGCUCAGGGGCGUGUCCUCAUCAAUGUCAACCACCCAGCAGACGAAAGUGACCUCUACCUCUCCCCUCAGCUCUCCCGCGCUGUCAAACCUCACCAGAUUGGAGGAAUCAGGUUUCUGUAUGAUAAUCUGGUGGAAACGCUGAAGCGGUUUCACAGCGGUUCUGGGUCCGGCUGUAUCCUGGCUCACAGCAUGGGCCUGGGUAAAACUCUACAGGUCAUCUCCUUCAUCGACAUCGUCCUGCGCCACACCGGAGCGCACACCGUGCUCGCCAUCGUCCCUGUGAACACGCUGCAGAACUGGCUGGCAGAGUUUAACCUGUGGAUCCCGCCCCCUGAAGCCCUGCCCCCUGACACUGACCCUGCCUACAUCACGCCUCGCACCUUUAAGGUGCACAUCCUCAAUGAUGAGCACAAAACCACAUCCACUCGUGCUAAGGUGGUUGAAGAUUGGUACAGAGACGGCGGUGUGCUGCUAAUGGGUUAUGAAAUGUACCGCCUGCUCUCGCUCAAGAAAAGCUUCGUCGCCGGGCGGAAAAAGAAGAACAAGAAGCCGAGCGGGCCAACUAUCAUCGACCUGGAUGAGGAGGACCGCCAACAAGAGCUGCUGAAAGGAAUCGAGAGAGCCCUUUCUCAGCCUGGUCCAGAUGUGGUCAUCUGCGAUGAGGGCCACCGCAUUAAGAACUGCCAUGCCAGCAUCUCCCAGGCACUGAAGGGCAUCCACACGCGCCGCAGGGUGGUACUGACUGGCUACCCGCUGCAGAACAACUUGUUGGAGUACUGGUGCAUGGUGGACUUUGUGCGGCCUGACUUCCUGGGCACACGCCAGGAGUUCAGCAACAUGUUCGAGAGGCCCAUCUUGAACGGCCAGUGCGUCGACAGUACGGAACAGGACCUUCAACUCAUGCGCUACCGCAGCCACGUGCUGCACAGCCUACUGGAAGGCUUCGUUCAGAGACGUGGACAUGACGUGCUGCGCUCUCAUCUGCCGGAGAAGCGAGAGCAUGUUAUCCUAGUGCGUCUGUCGGCUCUGCAGAGAGCUUUAUACACCGAGUUCAUGAACCGCUUCAGAGAGGCUGGCAAUACUGGCUGGCUUAGCCUUAACCCACUCAAAGCCUUCUGCAUCUGCUGCAAGAUCUGGAAUCACCCUGAUGUCCUGUAUGAGGCACUUCAGAAGGAGAAUCUGGCCAAUGAGCAGGAUCUGGACCUGGAGGACAUCACCGCCAGCAGUGCCCGCUGCUCAACUACUAAUCAGAGGGGUAAGCCCUGCGAUUCAGCCAAUAGCGAGGGAGGACUGAGUCUGAGUCAACUCCAGGAGAAAGCCAAUCAAGUUAUUACAUAUGAGUGGGCAAAAGACAUUAUGGCAGGCUAUAGGACUGGCAUCUUGGAGAACUCAGCCAAAAUGGUGUUGCUGUUUCACAUUAUUGAUGAAAGUGUGAGAAAGGGAGACAAAGUCUUGGUUUUCAGCCAGAGUUUGUCCACUCUAACAGUUAUCGAAGAGUUCCUGGCCAAGAGGCCGAUGCCUGACCAGAGUGGAAGUGGACUCAAACACACCUGGGUCCGCAAUGUCAACUACUAUAGGCUGGAUGGCAGCACUUCAGCUUCAGAGCGAGAGAGGCUCAUCAACCAGUUUAACGACCCGACAAACAGCUCAGCUUGGGUCUUCCUGCUGUCCACAAGGGCCGGCUGUCUGGGUGUGAACUUAAUUGGUGCAAAUCGCGUUGUGGUGUUUGAUGCCUCGUGGAACCCAUGUCAUGAUGCCCAGGCUGUGUGCCGCGUGUAUCGCUAUGGACAGCGCAAACAGUGCCACAUCUACAGACUAGUGUGCGACUUCACCUUAGAGAAGAAGAUAUAUGACAGACAGAUCUCCAAACAAGGAAUGUCUGACCGAGUGAUAGAUGACCUGAACCCCGUUCUGACCUUCACUCGUCGUGAGGUAGAGUCUCUGCUGCACUUUGUGGAGGAGGAGCCAGAUCCUGCAGAGUCUGCGUACCUGCUCCACCCACAGGAAGACAUAGAGGCAGUCAUCAGGAAAGCCUGCCUGAGAUACCCCCACCUCAUCACUAAGCAACCUUUCCACCAUGAGUCCUUACUGAUGGACCGACGGGACCUCAAGCUGAGCAACGCGGAGAAGCAAGCAGCAAAGAAGAGCUACGAGGAGGAGAAGAGAGCAUCAGUGCCCUACACACGUCCAUCAUACGCACAUUACUACCCAGCCAGUGACCAAAGCCUUACCAACAUCCCUGCAUUCAGCCAGAGGAACUGGCGGCCUCCUCCACAACAAGAAGAUAAGCCAGCGGCCAGCAUUCAUUCAGCACAAGCAAGUCCAGCACCCACAAUUCCUCAGCAGGCAGAGCAGGGCCCCGCCCCCUCCUCAGCCUCAAGCUCCAAAUCUGCAGUCAACUUUCCUGUCACCUACCUGCAGAAAGCAGGGGUGUUUGUACAGAAGAUUGUCAUCACCACAGAUAUCGUGAUUCCUGGUACUAACAGUUCCUCAGACAUGCAGGCCAGGAUCAGUGCAGGCGAGAGCAUCCAUGUCAUCAGAGGAACCAAAGGAACCUAUAUUCGGACGAGUGACGGAAGGAUCUUUGCCAUCCGGGCUGCUGGAAAAACCAAACAAGCUGAGGACAGCUCCGCCACAAAGAAAGAAAUGUCGCCCUCACUGGAGAACUCCAUCAACAAAAGCACAAAUGGCAGUGUGUCGCCUGACCAUAAUGUGCCAAAGGUUAUGACCCCUGAGGCCGUGGCCCAACCUCUCUCCCCAGACAGUCCAGAGAUUUUGAGCGAGCUUCAGCGCUACACCAAAGCCCAAUCACCAAGCCCUCCACCCUCAGAAAUGGCCAAUCUAGAGAAGGCCUCAGAGAUGGGUGUUAUCAAAGUUCUGCCUCAAAAUGAUAUUACCUCACCUAGCAUGGAGGUGCCCCUUGACCUGCGGGGCACCAAGCGCAAAUCCACAUCACCUUCUAGCAGCCAACCCUCCCCUAAGCAACCAGCUGGGGAGAUAAGGGGUUCUGCUCAACAUCCUCCACAGAAUUACCCAUUCUCUGGAGCAUAUGGCUUAAAUCCUGCACUCAACCCAGCCAUAAACCCCACCCUCCUAAGCUCUCUCAACUCCAUGUGGUCAUCCUACUACCGACACCAUGCCCCUAUGGGUGAUCCCCGCCUCAUGUUUCCCAUCUCUCCAGAUGCCUACGGUUUAGGAGGCGGGGCUCUACCCAGCUCCUCCCCUCCAUCCUCCAGCAGCACCACCUCUAGUGCCACAGCCCCCUCUUCCACUUCCAAUGUUGCUCCCUCCUUCCUGAUGAGGCCUGGGGUAUCUGCCAUGCUGCCUCCGAGGUUCACGCUGCCAUACAGGCAGCCCAUGGGCAUGUACCCCCCACUGUUGCUGCCCGGAGGGUUGCCAGCUGCAACGCCAGGGCCUGCCAGCUCCAGCCUCCUGCCUCACUAUGCUUCCUCCAGCCCACGAGGCAGCGCUCAUGAUUCCCACUUGGCCGUAGAGAACGGAGCAGCAAGCUCAAAGGGUGACAAAAGCGCUUGCAAUAACGAUGAUGAUGUCAUUGAGGUGGUGAGCCAAUAAAAGGAGAAUGGUUUUAACGGCCCAUGGAAAAGGAUGUGGAGAAAAGACACUAGAACCAAGACUGUGAUUGGUCAAAGCUGAGCCAGCCAAAAUAUUACUGGUUGCAACUGGUUACAAAAGUUUGUUGAGGAUUCUGACUGAAAAACUGGACAAAGUGAAAAAUCCUAAUGCUGAAUAUUUUAUUUAUAAAGACAAGCAAGAAGAACGUCAAAAGGGCGAAGUUACGGCUUGGUAGGGGGUGGGG